CCUGCCUGACGUCAUCAACAUUCGCCAAGAAAGCAUGGCGAUAACGAUGUCAACUUGUACGGGAUGCUAACAGAUUUACAGGGUUUUUUCUAUGAACGUGUAAAGUGACUUAAGAUUCCUAUUCCUACUCCCCCGACGCGCUAUUGUUCACCCUUUACUCGUUUAUUCUCUUGUUUAUUCUUGUCAGCUGACUGUUGACAAGCGGAUUAAACCACAACAUGCACUCUGUGAAGGUCGGCUAUUUUGCUUCGGCUGCAUCACGAGCUCUCUGCUCAGGUGGAAUUCACUGUCGGGAUUUUAUAAAAGUGUCCGCUUGCUGUCCUGUGCAUCGUUCUGUUAGUCAGAAAGCCGCCUCGCCGGAGGAGACGGUCAUUCGUGUCCCUCGCUACAUGCAGAGGCGCGUUGAACACGUCAAACAGGCUCGGGGCCAAAUCAAAAUCAACACCAUCAAAGCUGGCAAGCUCUUGAUCCAGAGCAAAAACUCUGAUCUGAACCAAUCUGCGGGAUUCACACUCGGUAAGUUCGAGCCUCUUAUUCUCUGCUCUAAAGGAUGGAAGCACAACAAAUCUUUCGGUGACCACUUUACCAUCAACAACAUCAAGGCGGUCGCGCCCUUUGUUGCUGAAAAUCAGAAUGAAGACGUCCAGCAGAAAGCCCCCGUGACUUUUAAUAACCUCCGCAUCAGCAAUGCGCUGGUGGAAGCUUUGGACCAUGUGAACAUUACCCACCCCACCACUGUACAGCUGCAGACCAUCCCAAAGGUCAUGAAAGGUCACAACGUCCUCUGUGCCGCGGAGACGGGCAGUGGAAAAACCCUGAGUUACCUCCUGCCCAUCGUCCACAGACUGCAGGCUGAAUCCGAGGUGGAUGCUGAGAGCGCCCACGGGAUUCGCGCUGUGGUUCUCGUGCCUUCCAGGGAGCUGUCCGAGCAAGUGGCCGCCGUGUCCAGGAGGUUGUGCGCCCCGCUGGGCUUGACGACGAGCAUUGUGGGCGGAGGGCGGGGUGUCGGUCACAUCAAGAGCGUCUUUAAGAGGGAUCAUCCGGAUAUUCUGGUGGCCACGCCGGGGGCCCUGAUCAAGGCUCUGCGGAGACGCUGCGUGGACUUGAGCGAGCUCAGCUUCUUUGUGGUAGAUGAGGCUGACACCUUGUUCGACCCCAGCUUUUCUGACAUGCUGGAGAAUAUCCUCCUCAGCACGAACAUUGCUAGGGAUCCCAAAGAGACACGAGGUCCUGGCCACAAAGCCCAGCUGCUGGUGGUGGGCGCCACCUUCCCCGGGGGUGUCGGGGAAGUGCUCAGCAAGGUGACGGACCUCGGCAGCGUGGUGGUUAUCAAGAGCAAGAUGCUGCACUUCCUCAUGCCACAUGUCAAACAGACGUUCAUGAAGGUAAAGGGCACAGACAAGAUCCUGGAGCUCCACCAAGCCCUGAAGAUGCUCCAACAGAAAGAAGGCGGUGGUGCCGCUCUGGUUUUCUGCAACAAGUCCGCCACCGUCAACUGGCUGGGGUACUCGCUGGAAGAGAUGGGAAUGCGCCACGCACGACUGCAGGGGGAGAUGCCGGCCGCUCUGCGCGCAGGAAUCUUCCGAACGUUUCAGAAGGCCGGACAGAUGGAUGUGUUGAUAUGCACGGACAUUGCCUCCCGCGGCCUGGACACGUCCAGAGUGCGCUUGGUCGUCAACUACGACUCCCCAGAAUCCCACACAGACUACAUCCACAGAGCAGGGAGAGUGGGGAGGGCGGGAGGGCGAGAGGAUGGGGAGGUUCUCACCUUCGUCACUCACCCGUGGGAUGUGGAGUUAGUGCAGAAGAUUGAGAUGGCUGCGCGUAGGAGAACCAGUUUGCCAGGCAUGGAAUCUGAUAUACGCGAGCCCAAACCUAAACCCACAGAAGGGGAAGGAGAGGUAGAGGAGUAGGAGGUCCAUGUGUUUUCUUUUUGGUAUUUUUGCAAAUGGUUUUCUUCUGAUGACGAUGUUUGUGCUGAUUAAUCUCCUCAGCAGAUGCUUCGACUGAAUGUACUGAUGACAAUAUGUUCAAGAAAUAAUGCAGUAUUAUUGGACUUCAAAUUAAAAUGUAUUCAGAUAUAUUUUUCCUUUUUAUUUCACUGAGCAAUUUGGAAGUCGGUUUGAUCUUGAACACUCUACUAGCCAUGGUCUUUUUAGCAAGAGCAUCUUCUUUAGCUUAAAUCAGUUGUCAAAAGGGGCUCAAAACAGCCCCCCCAUUCCCCCAAGUUCUAAAAAAUGAAAUUCACCUUGUUGGUGAGUGUAAAGUAAUUUUCAUUGAAACUGUUACACAUUAAUGUGAUGACUGAGAGACUGAUAAUUAAAGAAGCCAUUCCUGUGAACUGUCCCAAAUACAACCACUUUGCUAUUUCAUCACAUCAGUAUCACACACAGAGUGAUGUUGAAAUUUGUCUCCAACAUUGUAACACAACAUGAAAAAAUACUUUAUACUUUGUCCAAAUCGAUAUAAUAUUUUAAUUUUGUAAUGUGUGAAUAUCCUAAAUUUUGUGAACAUCCACUUUUUACCAAACCUCUGUGUGGUUAUUUUUUCUUUAAGCUGUACUGCCUGCGUUCAGUCACCAGGUGGCAGCAUUUGUCUGAUUUCAGCUUGUGUCAAUUGGCUGCACUGUUUAUUGGUGAAAACAUGCAACACAUGCUUGCUGACACACUGUAAGGAGUCAAAAGCCCACCUGGUAGUUUCUGUUGAGUGUUUGUGGCUGCAGUUCCUUUCAUGGCUUUAGUGCGGAAACACCUCAUUAAGUUGUAGCACUGAUGAUUAAUCGCCAAGUUAGACACGCCCCAAAAUCUGUCUUCUUCUCUCGUUCUGGAAGGUUUGCUUUACUUGAAAAGGAUUUUGCAUACCUACGUGUGCUUGUUCAAAGGAAACCACAAAAGUCUUUCAGAUCUUAUUUCAAAGGUAAUAACUUCUCCUCUGACCAUGACUUCCUGCUUUCAGUAGGUGGUGAUAAGCAGGACUGGUUUUUCACAAGAACAAUCGACACAGUACAAAGAAGAUUUCCAAGUAGGCAUUAAUGCCUGAAAACUGCUCUUCAGCUGUUUGUCACUCUGACGUGUUACAUACCUGAUGAUGGAGUGCUUCUGGAAGUAAAGAUUAUAGAAGCAGACAGAAGGACAGACGUGUCAAUGGCUGUGACAGUAACAAGGGGCUUCCCCCAGAAUGUCUGGAACCUCGCUAAGAUUGUCCAGCUCCGGCUCAGGUCAACCUCUCAAGCCUUGUCCCACCUUAGGUUCACAUGUCAGCAAACUGUACCCCGACAACAAGGACCCGGCAUCCAUUUAUAGUACGUGGAGCAAAUGCCUCCAAUCCCUCAGUUUAUAUUUUUGUCCUGCUUCACCUCAUGUGAAUCCUGCAAAAAUAAUAAUCUAUAUCAAAUGUCCUUCUUCCAGGGAAUCGCUGGGCCCAGCAUUAUGUUUUAUGGCUGAAAUAAUUUUGGUCCUUGCACUUAAAGGGCCACUACGACUAUUUCCCUCACAAUUGGUUUAGUCAAAAGAAAGAAUUAUUUGCAGUCUGUGAAAACAGUUGUGAGGUGUAACAUAAAAGUGCUUGCUUGUUGAAUUGGAUAUUUAAUCAUUAAAUCAUUGUGCAUAAUGAUAUGUAGUAUGAGCAGACUUUUCCAUUAAAGUUAUUUUCUUCA